ACUAUCUUUACAAGUCAGAGGAAAACUGCGUUCUGAUUGGCUCAGAUUUCCUGGACAUCGGCGCUGUGAUUGGCUGCGCCUGUCUCUGCCGGACGACUCUAGUGUUGUGAGCGGCAUGGUAUCCGUCCGAUUGUCAUUAUGACACAUUUUGCAAUUCACACCAGUGAUGGGGCACAGUUUACUGAUGGUCCCCCAGACUUUGGGAAAAACUCUACAAAAUUUGAAGGUUUUCAAGGGAAGGUAAAGACAUUUGUCUUUUCUGAGGAUGGGAAGAGAUUUGCUUGGAUUGCAGAUGGCCAGGUGUUUGUGGUAGAGGCUCCAUCUUGGGAGAGAAUUGGAUCUCUAAAGCACCCGCGUGCUCAAGAGAUUUGUUUUUCUCCUCAAGGCAACUAUUUGGCAAUUUGGGAAUCCUAUGUCAAAACAACAGACCAAAGUCAGAUUCAACCAAACUUAAGUGUUUAUGAUGUGACAGGAAAGAAACCAUUGAAGUCCUUCUUCCAGCAGAGUCAAGUAAAUUGGCAGCCACAGUGGACCAAUGAUGAAACAGUAUUUGCACGCAGUGUUACCAACGAAGUACAUUUUUAUAAAGCAGAUGACCUUCAAAAUAUUGUGGAGAAGAAAAUCCUUCAAAAAGUGCGAUCGUUCAGUAUUUCACCAUCCACAGCCACCCAUUAUGUAACUUUUUUUGUACCUAGUAUUAAGGGAGCUCCGGCGUAUGUGCACCUCUAUCGCUAUCCAAAUUUCAAGGAAGCUUCUAAUGCUUUGGCCAAUAAAAGUUUCUUUAAGGUUGACACGAUAGACAGCUUUUGGAACAAGCAGUCUACGGCAUGUUUGCUUCUGACUGCUGCCGAGAUGGAUAAGUCAGGGACUUCAUACUAUGGUGAACACAUGCUUUUCUACCUCAAUACUCGAGGAGAUUCGACAAGGGUCACGUUCUCCAAACCAGGAAACAUUCACUCCGUGUCAUGGUGUCCAAAUGGUCAGGAAUUCUUCGCAGUCUAUGGUACAAUGCCGUCCAAAGCCACACUUUAUAACCACAAGUGUGAAGCCAUAGCUGAGUUUGGCUCAGGGGCUCGGAACACUGUUCUUGUCAAUCCAGUUGGUAAUAUUGCAUUAGUGGGUGGAUUUGGUAACAUUGCAGCUAGAUUUGAGACGUGGGACAUCGCAGCACGCAAGAAAAUUGGUGAAACCGAGUGCCCUGAUAGCACAUCUUUCAGUUGGUCUCCAUGUGGACAGUACAUGCUGACAGCGACCUGCUCUCCAAGACUGAGAGUUAAUAAUGGAUAUAAAAUGUGGCACUACACAGCGGUGUUGCUGCAUGAAAGCUUCGUAAAUGAGCUCUAUGCUGCCCAGUGGAUUCCUGACCCUGAGGCUGCUAAGCCCUUCACUAUUUCCACGACACCGGUCACUGGUAUAGAAUCCUCCAUUGUUGCUGCUUCAAAGCAGAAGUACAUCCUUCCAAGUCAGAGAGGAGCCAAAGGCCCUGUUGGUUUGACAAAUACUGAGAAAAAGUUCCUCAGUGAAGUAGAUGACCCAACAAAGAAUGAAGCACCUGCCCAGUUGUCAAAGUCAGCUUUGAAAAACAAGAAGAAGAGAGAAGCUGCAAAGAAAAAGCGUGAAGAAGAAGGGGAGGCUGAGAAAGGGGGAAACAACUGGAGAGAGGCGGGUCCUCCAGAGACUGCAGCUCCAGUUAAAUCCUUUGCUGCCAACAUUGAACUGACUGGCGAUCCAGAGAAAGACAAAAAAAUAAAAAAUCUCAAAAAGAAACUGGAUGCAAUUGCUAAGCUGAAAGGGGAGCAAGAGAAUGGGAAGACCUUGGAGAAAAACCAACUGGACAAAAUUGCCACAGAAGAGAAACUGAUCAAAGACUUGGAGGAACUAACACUCUGAUUUGCUUAAAUAUUAUUUUUUGCAAUUUUGUUUUAUGACAAGCUUUCAAAAGUGAAGUACAUUUAGUUUUAAUUUUGAGAGCAAAAACUUGACAGCAUCUGGCUGGUGACAUAUCCUAUUAAGGUAAGAGAUUUUUUAGCGGUAAACAGUAUUUAGAUUUGUGCUUCACUGGUAAUGUUCAGCAUAUUAGUCAAAGGAAACAAUAUAUUCACUACCUAAGUCUGUCUAGUCUCCAGUUAAAAAGAAAACAAAGAAUCCUUGAACUGUCAACAUUUGGAUUAAUCUUUAGAAAUAACUAAUUCUUCAAGUUCAUUUUAAGUUCACAUGUUCUUGCACAUACAGGAUUAUAUAAUUUAGAAUCAAUGUCGUUAUCAAAGAUAUUUUUAGAUGCUGGCCAUAAUUUCUUUAAAUUUUGUGUCUUCCAUACCCCUCUUUGAAACUUAAUGUAUUUGAGUUGAAAGGUAGCUUCAAGCUUGGAAUAUUGUUACCAGUAUGAAUAAUUACACUAUAAUGUAGAAAGAAAGCUUUCUAAAAAUUGUAUAUAUGGUGUUGUCUCUUAAGUGUUAUUGUUUUCUUAUAUUUAUAACAGCAGAGAGCUUCACUGCUUUGACAGUGUCAAUGUUUUGAACUAUCCACGUGUUAACAUUAUUUGCUUUUUAUAUAACUAUAUAAUUUGUAUAUUUACGGAUGGAUUGGUUUAUGAGGGUUAGAAGGCACUAGCCCAUUAGAUAGAAGUUUAAUGCAAAUAUUUGUAUAAUUUUGUGUUUUUUUCCAUAAUAAUUAGAAGCUAUAUUAGGCUAAAUAGUUUUGUGUGUGUACAGUAUAGCCUAACUUAUCCAAUGUAAUGGGAUAUAAUAAGCUUAGACGCCUUCAGAACCUUAAUAGUUAAUUAUUAAAUGAAGGAAUACAGUUUGAUUGAAACAAUCCAGCUAUCAACCUAUAAAUAAUUAUCUUUGUGAUGUUAUUUUGUUAAUACAAUUAAAAGCUGUUCUAGCUCAUAAACAAUGUUAUCACAGACA